AUGGAAGACACACAAGAACAAAUUGAACAAGUUGAACAACAAGUUGAAGAAACUGUUGAAAAAGUUAAAGAAGAAGCAACAGAGAAAGUUGAAGCAGCAAUUGAAGAAGUUAAAGAAGAUAUCAAUAAAUUAAAGAAUGAUGUAAAGGGAGUCGCAGAGAACGUUAGUAAUGUAGUCUCAUCAAAGAUUGAAGCAACCACAUCAUCAGCAAAGGCCACCAUUAAUGAUAUUAAGGAUGGCGUCAAACAAGUUGUAUCUGGUAAUUCUGGUUGUCCAUACUCUAUGAAUGGUGAAUUCUCAAUGUGUAGCCAAGUUUGCAAAGUCAGCAAAGUAGUUCAAAAGAAUCCAUCAUUCGAAUGUGUUAAGAAGAUCGUUUUGUGGGAAGAUAUCGUUCAAACCGGUAUCCUCUUUGCAAUUAUAAACCUCGUCUUUAUUCUCAUCUCUUUCUGUAACUAUAGCUUAAUUUCACUCUUUGGUUAUACAGCUUUCACUGUAACUAUCACCUCUAUACUUUUCCAUUUAAUCUCUUUAAUUUUAUCAAAAUAUGUUCAAGGUGUAUCUUUAAAUAAUCAAUUCACUGAUCAAUUAAAAACUCUCAGUUUCCAUAUUCAUGAUGCUGUCAUUGAAAAACAAGUUAAUAAUGUUGCUGAAUUAAUCAACACUGUUUUAAGUAUUGCAAAGGACGUAUUUGGUUGCAAGAGUGUUUAUCUCUCUGCUCAAUUUGCCAUCGUUUUUUAUUUAAUCGGUUGUUUAAGCAAAUGUUUAUCAAAUACUGCCAUCCUCUACUUUGGUUUCCUCGUUUCCUUUGUUGUUCCAAGACUCUACGUUGAAAAGAAAGAAGUUAUUGACCAACAAUUCUCUAAAGUAUGUGCUCUUGCCAAAGAACCACUUUCAAAACUCCACUCUCUCAUUCCACAAUCUCAAACUACCUCAACUAAAAAAUCAAACUAA